GGUGUAAUCAAUAGCCAGAUAAAAUUGAUAAAAUGUAUAUUAACUCACUUUAUCUAUAAUAAUUUAGAUUUAAAAUGAGAUAAAUAUUUUCAAGAAGAACUCAUGUAUAUAUAAAUGCUUUGGAUUAUAAUAAGUUUUCCCUUCUCUGAUCAAGAAAAUCUACAGGAUUGAAGUGAUAACAGUAAAUUUGUGUAAUGAAUGAGAAAUUAGUUGUGUAUGACAGUGAAUCAGCGCCAGGUGGGCCGUCUGGAAGACAACAGCAACAGCAACCUCAACAGUCAAAACCAACUGGUCAAGUGUUUGACAUGGAUUAUUCACAGAAAUCAAUAGUUACACAAGAAAAACAACAUUAUCCUCCUCAUGUUCAUCAGCAACAACAGUCUGGAUUAUCAGGAAGACCGAAUCGCCUACUACAACAGUACUCGUACAAUCAACCCCGUAACUAUGACAACAGUCACAAUCAUAAUAAAUAUUUUCAAUUUUUCACAAGACAAUCUGAUCUGAAGUAUAAUUAUUCUGAUUCAGAUGAACCGUCUAGUUUUUAUCAACCGACGCCUUUAAAUACUUACUCCACUCACAGGCAUACGAAUCAUCGAAUACGGACAUCUGAACGCUUACCAAAACAUAAAUACUUUGAGCAUAUGUUACAUCAGAAGAUAUCCAAUUCUAAUCUCUCCAUGUUAUCUUAUCCUUAUAAUCAAUCAAGUACACCGACAGUAGCCUUAUUCGGUAGUAGUAAUAGUCGAGGUGAAGGAGGAGAUACUGUUGGUGUUGGAGAUGAUGGCGAUGAACUCUCGUUAUCCCUACAUGCACCUCCACCUCCAGUUGUACCACGCCAUCAUGUUGCAAUUCUUCCUUCACCAGAAACAGCAUUUAAACCAAUAAAUCAUCAGUCGAUAGAAAGAAUUACGUCAUCAUCACAAUCUAUUCAUGAGUUGACUGGUUUCAGUGGAGGAGGGAUGGGUGAUAGUGGUGUGACGGUGAUUAGUGGAAGUAGUCGGAAUAAAAUGAACUCUACACCAAAUUUAUUAGAUUUUAGUAGUAUUAGUAAUAAUACUAUCAAUACUACUGCCAAUACUGCUCACUUUAAUAAUAAUAAUAAUAAUAAUAGUAAUAAUAAUAAUGUAUUAUUUCAUAAACACCAACAAUUACAAAUGCAACUGCAACAACUUAAACAGUUACAACGACAAGACAAUCAGCAGGCAGCCAGAAUGACAACAUUCAAGACGAGUUGUACAACGAAAAGUAUGGAAGAACUACUAAGGAGACAAAAGAAAUUAGACCAUCUUCAAUACUGUCUACAAAGAUAUGAAAUUGAACGUGAAGAGGCUGGACAAGCUAUUCGUCGAAUUGAAGAACGUAUGCAGGAAUUAGAAGCUCGAGCAACGGAUCUACUUGAGUUUGAUAUUUCGAAAAAUUUAAACAAUGACAACAGUAUCAAUCGUGUACAGCAAUGGAGGAAUUCUAACAGUACAGUUUAUAACCAAGCUGAUCGGUUGUCAUCAAAUGAUCUGGAAAAUCAGUACAUCAGUUGGUUGAAAAGUAUAGAAAAUGCAACAAAUAAUAAUUUGAAAACUUCUUUCUCUAUUGAAAAUGAUGGAGGCAAUGCAGAUAAUUAUGCUCAGAAUAACUAUAUGUACAUAGAAUCAUCUUUGAAUGAAACUCCACCAUCGACGAAUAAUCAACAGUCCAGACAACGGUGUUCGCUAGAACAAACCUUCAACAAUAAUGUAACUAAACCAAUAGUUCAUAAUAGUUCACCGGAAUCGAAACGAAAUCUACUCCUGGAGCAUUUAUUGAUCCAAAGACAACGAUUAGCCAUUGCUGAUGCUUCAGUGGCUUCACUCGCGAAACGGUUAUUGUUGCUUAAUUCUAAUGCUAAAUCACAGCAGGAUAGUACGCUGGAUAAGAAAUUUCAGCAACGUAAACUAUCAGCAUAUUCCAGUAAUCCAAAUGAACAAAGCACACCGGUGUUCGAUGAGUUAACCGACAGUUCUUCAUUGUACAACAACCAACAGAUGAUGACAAGUUCAACAAUAUCGAAUGUGUUAAGAAAUUCAAAAUUAAUGAUGAAUAACUGCUUUACAAAUCAAACAGUUCAAAAUGAAGUGACCAGUGGUUCAGUUGGUGGUGUGAGUGGGGGUGAGGCUGAUGCUGGUAGCACUAGUGGUCUUUUCCAGUAUCCUCGAUAUCCUCACAGUUGGGAAGAUGAUAUUUUACCUCGUAGGAAUUCACCGAACAAUAAGCAAGCAAUUUUACAAAAAUCCAGUACAAUUGAAAGAACAAGCAGUUCAAGUUUUCAAUAUCUUUUAGAUUCUCCACAAUUAAAUUCUUCUUUAAAGUCAACGAAUACUCCACGAAAGUUCACGGAAUUAUCGUCAGUUAAUUAUACCAAUACAAACAGUAAUACUAACAAUAAUAAUAAUAAUAGUAGCAAUAAAAAUAAUUCAAAUAAUGUUAAUACUGAACUGAAUGGUUUACAACAAACUGAUUUAUCAGCUGUUGUCAGUACAGAAAGACGUCGACUGCCAACACCUAUUCGUACAGAUUUGACAACAUGGUGUAUAGGAUCAUAUACAAAUAAAAUUCCACAGUUGGCCAAAUUAACAGGACUUCAACGUGCCUCAGAAAAUGGUUACAUUGAACUAGCUAAUGCAAGUAGUUCAUCUCCAGUUCCUGAAGAAGAUUAUACAAGUCGACUUUUACGUGGAACAUCAAAAACUCAACUACCUAGUCGUAGAUAUUUUAAUACCAAUGCAACAUUAAACAACUCCAUGACAGGAUUAUUAACUCCAGUCAAUUGUCCCCUAUCAUCAACACUACCACUGUCCUAUAGUGAUAAAAUGCUGCCAAGACAAUCAUCAUCAUCAUUAUCACAGACUCCAGCACCACUGAUGAAACAACAAUCACAGCCAGCACCACCUUUACCGCCUAAGCCGAUCUCAGGCAAACCGCAGAGAUUUGUAGAUUCACAAGAACAUCUCAGUGCUGAAGACGAAGAAGUCUACAAAUUUAUGUCACGUUCUUUUGAUAACAAUGAAGAAUUGGAUUCAGACUUUCAGCCUUUAAAUCGAAACUUUACUGAUUCUAAACAACGGCCUUUACCUCCACCGUAUUAUGUGAAUAUCAAUGAUGAUAAUAAUAAUAAUGCCAAGCUGUUGAAUCAAAGAAAAUUUCCACACAAAAUAACAAGAGCACUAAAUAACAGUAAUAAUAAUAAUAAUAACAGUAGUAGUAAUAAAACAGUUCAACAAAUUAAAGAGACCGCUAAAUCAAUUCAUGAACAACUUGGUUUCGGCACAAUAGCACAACAAUCAUCUUCAUCAACAACUUCUUUAAAUGAUUUACACAAAGAAGAUAAAAUGAAUAAUAGUCGAAUAAAUAUGAUCAAGUGUAAAAAGGUGUUUAAUUCAACAGAAAUGAAAAAUCCGAAUGAUAUAAAUCAGAUACAAAAAGUCAAACGAUAUGUUAAACAGAAACCUGAAUACGCAUUUAAUUUAAGAGAUUACUUACAGUCUCUUCAUCAUCCAGUUGACAAUUUAGCCCUAAAAUCCUCGGAUACAUCCGCGCUGCCUGAGGCAAACACUGGAAUGUGUUUAUCAAGUAUUCUAGGCAGUUGGAUUACAUCACGAACAUCUAAAGCACAAAAAUUACUACUUGCAGAAGAUGAAUCGUUAGACUAUUUCCAGUGUAAAAUUAUUCUUACCGGUAGAAUAUGCGGUGGUUAUCUAUGGAUUAUGAAAAAACCAAGUCGUAAUAGAAAUAACAUUUGGGAUUCAAUUAAACGUCGAGUAGCACAUGAUUCGACAGCCAAUCAUUCGACAACUUCAGAUAACGAUAAACGCAACAACAAACGCAUAGUUGUGAGAAGUUCAAGUCAAGCUAGAUGGUCACGUAAAUGGUUGUCGUGUGAUAUGCUGGAACAAAAGAUUUUUAUAUGUGAAAGAAGAGGAAAUGGACGAAUUGACUGCACAAUAAACUUUUCAAUCAUCAAAGAUGUACAUCAAAGUAGUACAGAACAAUUAUUAGAUUGUCAAAAAUCUUUCACAUCUAAUAAAAAUACUCAAAGAAUAUCCUAUUCAUCAUCAGGGAAUAAUACUAAUAGUACUGAAAUAAAAAGCAAUCCCAAUCAAGACAAUUCUAGAAUUAUAUUAGACAGUAAAGACAACCAACAACAACAACAGCAACAGUUAUCAUCAACACCAGCAAUGAAAUCGAUAAACAACGCUGAAAUAACAUCAACAACAACAACAAUAAAUUGUACAGAAAAAACUGAAACAUUCUUUUGUUUAGAAACUACACUGCAUACUUUCUUUUUAAUGGCACCAUCAUCAGAGUUGACAAGACUAUGGAUGGAUGUUUUAAAGCAAGCAAUGAAAAUGGCUUCCUCAUCAUCUAUGGAGUAACAAUUGAAGAACAUUUCUUUCUCAUUCACCCCACCCCACCCCCCCCCCACUAUUUUUGGUAACAGCUUAUAAACAGCAAACACUAACUGGACAAUAUAGAAUACUCAUAUAUAUAUAUAUAUAUAUAUAUAUAUAUAUAUAU